AUGGAUUCCAAGAAGCUUCGAAGUAAACCUAAACUCGAUCGUCGUAAUGCUCUAAAGUACUUCGAUUACGACGCUGGAUCAUCUUCCUCUUCGUCUGAUGAUUCUUCUGGUUCGCUUUAUACUCGUUCGAUGGAGUUGUAUGACCGGACUAGUUUUCGAAUUGAAGGUGUUGAAGGUGAGCUUGAUCGGAUUUGUAAGAGUUUGGGACUUUCUGGACCGGAGGAUUUUUCUAUUCCGGCUGCUGCUUGGGAGGCUAUGAAGGUUCGAUAUUCUUCGGAUAGUCUCCCGAGUUUGAAGCUUGGAGAGGUUGAUUUUCGGGAGAAGGUAGAUGAGGUGAGAGAAUUAGAAGAGGAAGGUGGAUUGAAUAAGAAAUGUGAAGAUAGUGUUAUGGAUAGGGAUAGGGUUACAGACGAGGUUGUUCAGACUGUUGUCGUUGCUGCUUCUAGUGGUGGUACCAGUGGAAUUCAUCCACCUUUGAUUAAGGUGCCGGAGUUGGCUCCGGUAAGGGAAGGGGAAGUGGUGGAGAAAGAAGGUGAGGAAGUUGGUAUUGGCAGGGGAAGUUUGAAGAGAGAAGAGGAAGACGGGGUGGUGGAUAAUUCCGAUGAGAUGGCUGAGAUUGUUGUCGGCCUUUCGGAAUCAUCUAUGUUUAGUACUUCCAACGAAGAUGAUUCAUCUAGGACUGCCGUGGAACCUAGGUCCAAUGAUGUGUGUCGUAACGGGAGAAUUCAGCGUAUUAUUACCCCUGGAUGCUGGCAAAAGGGUCAGUUUUUGGGUGGAGGUUCGUUUGGAUAUGUCUUUGAAGGAAUUUCUGAUGAUGGAUUCUUUUUUGCUGUAAAAGAAGUUUCAUUGCUUGAUCAAGGGGAUCAGGGAAAACAAAGUGUCUACCAGCUGGAGCAGGAAAUUGCACUUUUGAGUCGUUUUGAACAUGAUAAUAUCGUUCAAUACUAUGGCACUGAAAUGGAUGAAUCCAAGCUUCAUAUCUUUAUUGAGCUUGUGACCAAAGGUUCUCUUAGAAGCCUCUAUCAGAGGUAUACUCUCCGAGAUUCCCAAGUAUCUGCCUAUACAAGACAGAUUCUGCAUGGUUUGAAGUAUCUUCACAAUCAAAAUGUGGUUCACAGGGAUAUCAAAUGUGCAAAUAUAUUGGUGCAUGCAAGUGGAUCUGUCAAACUUGCAGAUUUUGGGUUAGCGAAGGCAACCAAAUUGAAUGAUGUUAAAUCAUGCAAGGGGACAGCAUUCUGGAUGGCCCCAGAGGUUGUGAAAGGAAAGAACAAAGGUUAUGGGCUUCCAGCUGAUGUUUGGAGUCUGGGAUGCACUGUGCUGGAGAUGCUAACGGGACAAAUUCCAUACUCCAAUUUGGAAUGUAUGCAGGCAAUAUUUAGAAUUGGAAAAGGGGUGCUACCUCCUAUUCCUGAUACUCUUUCAAGAGAUGCAAAAGAUUUUAUCAUGCAGUGCCUUCAAGUUAAUCCUGACGAUCGUCCUACUGCUGCUCAACUCUUAAACCAUCCCUUUCUCCAACGGCCACUUUCACAGCCUUCAUCUCCUUACAUUCAUGGCAAAAGGGGUUAA